AGCUCGUGAUAUAACUCAAUAAUAGGACAGCCGCAACUUUGUUUUCGAAUAAUAAAAUUCAACAAUAGGACAGAAUAGCUUUCGUUCUUCAGUAGUAUAUGUGAUCGAAUAGAAAGAUAGACCUAAAUUGCAAAACAAUUAUUGACUUUUGUGUAAUUCGCCGGUGGUAACAUUGAUAGAUGUCACUCUCAUGUACAACUGCAAUUGGCUACAGCAUGGAAUAGUGACAAUAGUGUCGAGCAGUAGCAUUAGUCACGAUUCACUGAUAAGCGAUUCGUAGGAUUUCACAUAUUUUUCUUUGUUUUAUAAACGACAUUUAUAACUAUUUAUAGUGAAAAGUAUGUCGUUGUGUGCUUUAACGUGAUUUCAAUAUUAAAAAAUCAAGUAGCUGCGUUUUGUACAAAAUAUAUUUCAACAAACUUUGUGACACAUUUCAACAGAAUCUUUUACGCCAUUUCUGUUAUUCUCACAGACUAUUUUCAACUUGACUUUACAGCUUGGGAGAAUGUUGUAGUCAUGAGGAUUGUCAUAUUAGUUCCAGUGAUAUACAUUUCAUCUCUAUGGCUAAAGGAAAAUUAAGAGGCUCUGAUUCCAACAAUAAAAUAGCAGCAUCAAAUACAGCAUUUAAAAAUGGAGAAACAUAUACGUGGGAGUUUGAGAUUAAUGAAACUCCACCCAGCGCUAGAACCUUACUUACCAAAGGCUAUAUACAAGAUGAAAUUAAUUCAUUUUCAGGAGCAACUGUGUCAACACGUGGACGUUUUAUGACAGAGCAAGAAAAACUCCGCUGUCCAAAUGAAAGACCAUUGUAUCUUUAUAUACAAGGUCAUACAAAACACAAUGUUGAUUUGGCGAUACAGAAAAUUAAUGAAAUUAUCAAGACAGAACAUCAGAGUUCUUUAAAUAGACCAAGCAGGUUUACAAAUGCUCCACCACCUCUUAUGAGUUUACAUUCCGGAGUUACAACUGUGGAAAAAAUUUGUGUUGGUAUUGAAAAUGCACCACAAGGUUUUGAUCUACGGGGGCGUAUAUUGGGUGUUGGUGAUACAAAUUUAAUGUAUAUUAGAGGCGAAACUGGCGCAAAUGUAACUUUAAGAGGUAGAGGAUCGCAAUUUAUUGAUCCAGUUUUGGGAGGGGAAUCUCCAGAGCCACUUCACUUGUAUAUAGAACAUCCAAAGCCAGAGGCAUUGCAAAAUGCAAAACAAUUGGCUAUAAAUUUAAUACAAACAAUACAAGCUGAAUUACAAACUUAUAUCCAGCAACAACCACCACCAGUACAACCUCAACAAGUCAUAGAACAAUCACAGAUACAACAAACCCAAUUUCAGACUAUGAACAUUGGAACUUUAGCCCAGCCGAAUGUAGUCACAAUACAGCAUCAAGAUAUUAUACAACAUCCACAAAGUAAUGUUGUAACAUUACCCGCAACAAUUCUUACUGCUACUGUAGCUGGUACUCCAGGGCCUGGCGUAUCAGUUCCACCCCCAGGAGUAUAUAUACCACCACACACAGGACCAUUAGUUCCACCUCCCCAAGCUCAGGAAAUACAGACAUUCAUGCCACCACCACCGGUCGGGCAAGUGCAGUUAAUCGGUCCUCCGUCAACAGUAAGUCAAGUUCAAUAUCAGAUACAUCCUGGUCAGCCAUUACAAAUCCAGGGGAUUCAACCGGGAUCGCAGUCUUCGCCGCAGCCUGUGGCGCAAAUGUAUGUCAUGAGUCAACCACCACCGCAAAGUCCCGCGCAGCAGAGCUUCAUAACGAGUAGCAGUGCACCAGCAAGCGGGGCGGUGUCGUACGUUUAUACCCAGCCAAACAUACAGAGGCCGGCCACACCGUCGCAGGGCAUCAUCGAGACUGUCAAUGUUAAUUUGCAACAACCUCCUCCUCCCACGGCUCCGCUCAAUAUAACGCAGCAACCGCCGCCGCCGUUGUUGCAUCUUCACUUCCCGCCACCGAACUUCCCGCCGAAUCAACCGCCUCCUCCCGUGCCGCAAACCUACCAGAUACAAUACCAGCAGGUACAGGCUCCCGCGUCGCAGUCGCAAACGCAAUUUGUCCUUCAACCUGGCGAGCAUAUCGUUCCACCUCAGUUGCAACAGAAUCACGAGCAGUCUCAAGCUGUCGCCCAGCAUAUAAUGCCGCCGCAGUUCGAGGGUCACGCUCCACCGUUCCACUUACAAGUACCUCCACCAUCCGCGCAAACCUUUUUGGUCCCCAACGCUCAGUCCCCGCAGCAUCAUCCGCAACCUCCUCUUCCACCUGGCGGUGAGAUGCAGCAUCAACAAGAUGGUCCUGUGGAACAAGGACCGUUGCCACAACCGGUACCGCCUCCGCAGAUCGUGCCGCCACCGUCGAUUGGUCAGAUGCCAAAUUCCAUGAACAUUCUUACCAGCGUGCCACCACCGACGCAACCACCACCUCCGCAGAAUGCACCGUGGCUUUAUCAGGCACAGCAACCGCAACAGAUGCCGCAACCGCAAGGGCAAUUGCAGAUGCAAAUACCACCGCAGAAUAUACCUCUUCAUAACGUACCUCCACCGCAAGUUCAAGCUCAAAUACAAUAUCAUCCUCAGCACAUACAGUAUCAGAACGGUCACGUGCCGACGCAAGUACAUUAUACGAUGCAGCCUCCGCAUCAGCAAUUCGAGCAGAAGCCCGAUUCUCCAGAGCAGCAGAAGUCGCAUGGAGUAAAAAGAAGGUUUUCAGAUGUUGAGGGAGGUCAGGAACCACCGCCAUACCAAUGCGCACCGCUGCCCGCACAACGUCAUGGCACAGGAGAAGGUGAUCGACAACAGCAAGUCUUACACGGUCCAUCACCCACACCUGCGGGCCUACCACAUGGAGAUCGAAACAAGAUGCUAAUGCCACCUCCACAUCCAGGUGAAAAACGGAGCUUGGAGCAAAAGCCUGCAGGAUUAGCAUCAGGAAAUGAACAGAGUGCAAUCGGAGAAUCCGGGAAUAUUCAUCCUGGAAACGGUCCUCCUUUGCCGCCUCCACCUUCACCACAGGCACCUUGGCAGAAUCAUCACGUGAGGGUUCCUUGGGGUAGACCACCGCCAAUUCCGAGGGAAGGGGAACAUCCCGCAGUCGGUCCUGGAUUACCUCCUAUUAAUAUGCCACCUCCUCAAAUUAGGCCAAGAGGCCCCGCUGACGGUAAUCGGUCUCCUACUCAGAACAGCAUGUUGGAACAGCCACUAAACGUCGAGUACAAUCAAAUGCCACCAUAUACGUCGAAACCGCCGCCUUACAAUGCGCAUCCGUUGAUGCAGUCGAUUUGUAAUCCUCCACCACCGCCGCCGCCGCAUCACCAGCAGCGGUCGCAGCAUCCCUCUCAAGCGGUGCAGCAUUAUCAGGUGCCAAUCUCUCAGACAUAUCAGCCACCGACAUCCUGUCCACCGUGGAUGAAUUGAAAGUCAAGCCGCAGCCGGUGUUUCCUGCUCUAGUACCUGGACGAUGACUGAUGCGAUGACUUACCGAGUGCGGUGUCGUUCAAUGCGAAUGGCAGAACAAUAUUAGUAAGUUAUGAGGGGAUCUGAUAUAAAAAGGCGAGAUCGAAUCUAUUUCGCGUUUACUGCCUCACGUUAUUUACACUCGAUUGUUCCUCGUGAUAGUGUUAUGAUGAAUAAUUUAAUAUAUAUAUGACGAUUAAGUAACCCUGUACAAUAUUACAUAGUAACUGCUACAUAAUUUAGUGAUUUGUUCCGAUGACGUUAUUAAACAUGUAAAAAUAUGUAAAUGUUGAAAAUUAUUUAUACUGUACAAUUUUUGAAUUUUACUUAUCACAAGAGAUGAAACAUGUGAAACGCAUGAUUGCAUUAUGACAAAAAUGAUAUUGACGAUAUAUAGUUACUUAUCGAUUGCGGAGUUUAUCUUCAUACGCCUUGCGAGCGUAUAAUACUUGUAUAGUAGAUGCAUAUCUUUCUAGUGGAAAAGAUAACUACGUUAUUACUCUUGCUUUCAUUAUUACGCAUACGAUGAUCACUUGUUUUGUACACACACACAUACACGUAUGAUAAUCGCGUUGGAUCUCUAUCUCCCGGCGCGCGAAUGAUCGCAACAACUUUCUCUCUCCAUUUAUAGUUAGGUACAUAACAACACAUAUAACGCAUGUAUGCGAUUUUUUUAUGCAAGAGCCAAUAAAUCGUUAUUGCCAAUA